UUGAUUUCGUUAACAACAAGAUUAAUAGAAGCUGAUUAUUACGGAACACCACCAUGCAGUCCGAUGUGGUGUGGACUUGUCCUGAUUAGCUACCCUUUCGGAAUUGGAAGAAAUUGUUCUGCCAACGAAUGGUUCAAUAUCAUUUGUAAAUCUUGGCGACCGUAUCUAUCUGCACUUGACAACGUAGAGGUGCUGGACAUAGGCUCAAACACAGUCAUUGUCCAGAUGUCCGUAAAUAAAGGCGAUUGCAAAAAUCCAAUCAAAGAUAGCAAUCUUCUCCCACACACCAGCAAUGGCCAAAGUCCCUUCCGGAUUUCCAGAUCGCUUAACAGAUUCGUCUUUAAGGGAUGUGGCAACGGGGCUAUCAUGGAGAAUGGAACUAUUGUCGCAGGUUGUUCAACGACUUGUGGCAAGGACACUGUUAGUGACGUCAGUGACCUUUAUAACUGCUUUGGCGAUGGUUGUUGCCAAACUACAAUUCCUCAUGAUAUGAAGUCGGUUACCUUCAAUCUAACAGGAUCGGAAAAGCACAAUGGAGAUAGAGCUUGUGGGUCCGCCUUCUUGGUGGAUAGUAUACAAUAUUCACAAGACUAUAACAGCCAAACUAUUGGUAAGGACCUUGCUUUUGUUCCAGUGUCACUUGUGUGGAACGAAACUAGCUUAGCAAGCUCAUGCAACGAGACGUGUGGGAAGAUCCCUAUUCUCUACCCUUUCGGGAUUAAAAGAGAUUGUUCCAAGAGCGAUGGGUUCAAUAUUGAUUGUAACUCCUCUACACCUUAUUUAUCUGCUUUCAACAACGUGGAGGUGUUGGGUUUUAACUCGGAGAAAAAAACAGUAACUGUUAAUUUUCCCAUGGUUUCUGAUUGUGGGAAUCCGUUCCAGAAUAACAAUCUUGAACUAAGCACAAGUCUUUUUCAUUUCUCCAGUGCAGAAAACAUGUUUGUGGUUCAGGGAUGUGGCAGUGCUGCCAUUAUGGAGAAUGGUACUAUUGCGGGUGGUUGUUCAACGACUUGUGGCAAUAACACUGUUAGUGACACCAACAAUUGCUUUGGCAUCGGUUGUUGCCAAACUACGAUUUCCAAUAAUCUCAAGUCAUUUAAGUUGAAUCUAACAGGGUUGGAAAGGCAGGAUGGAAAUGGAACGUGUGGGUCUGCCUUUUUGGUCGAUAGGAAAUCAUUCAUUGAAAAAAGAUUUUCUGGCCAGUUUAUUCCGAUAGCUCUUACGUGGGAGACCUCAGCUAGUUACUCAGAAAGCUGCAAAUCGUGUGAACUCCAUGGAGGGGUUUGUUACAUAAGUCCUAAUGGGGUCUCGGGCAUGGCUUGUAAUCCUAAAGAAAGCAGCAACGAAUCACAUACUGGUCUCAUUCUAAGUGUGAGCAUAAGCAUAGGGUUGCUAUUCCUAACAGUGACGAGUUAUGCGUUGUACAAUAUUAUCAAGAAAGCGAAAAUGAAAAGAAGGAAACAGAGGUUUUUUAAGCGCAAUGGAGGUCUACUUCUUAAACAACAACAAGCAACCGAUAUUGGUUUAGUUGAUAAAACUAUCCUUUUUACAUCCGAUGAAUUGGACAAGGCCACAGACAAUUUUAAUGAGAAUAGAAUUCUUGGUCAAGGAGGUCAAGGUACAGUGUACAAAGGCAUGUUACCUGAUGGACGAAUUGUAGCAAUCAAGAAAUCAAAGGUAGUUGAUGAAUGCCAACUAGAACAAUUCAUCAACGAGGUAGUCAUUCUUUCGCAAGUCAACCAUAGAAAUGUGGUUAAACUAUUGGGAUGUUGCCUGGAAACUGAGGUGCCAUUACUUGUCUCUGAAUUCAUAUCAAAUGGUACAUUGUAUGACCUUAUUCAAAAUGAAGCCGGUGAGUUCGCAUGCCCUCUAAACCUGAGAUUACAAAUCGCUAUAGAGGUUGCAGAAGCGGUUUCCUACUUACAUUCAGCAACCACCAUUCCCAUAUACCAUAGGGACAUCAAGACUGCCAACAUACUUUUGGAUGAAAAGUAUAAAGCCAAAGUUUCAGAUUUUGGAACAUCAAGAGUUGUACCAAUAGAUAAAACUCAUUGUACUACAACAGUCAUGGGGACAUUCGGCUACUUGGAUCCAGAGUAUUAUAGCUCGAGUCAGUUGACUGAAAAGAGUGAUGUCUACAGUUUUGGAGUUGUUUUGCUAGAACUCUUGACCGGAGAAAAAGCUGUUUUCUUAACCAAAGAUGUUAAAACAAGUUUAGUUGAACACUUUAAGGUAGCCAUGAAAGAAGGACGUGGGUUGUCUAUUUUUGAUAAAAUGGUUCUAAAGGAGGGGCCGACGAGUGAGUUGUUGGCCAUAGCUAAGUUGUCAUUGAAAUGCUUGAAUUUGAAUGGGAAAAAUAGGCCAAAAAUGAAAGAAGUUGCUAUCGAGUUGGAAGGCAUUAGAUUGUCAUAUAUGCCGUCUACAAUUCAAACUGCUUUUGGACAUGUAAAGUCUAACGGGUCAACAUCAAGAUCAUUAACAUCCAAUACUGAGUUAGAAGGCAAUAGAAUGUCACAUGUGCCUUCUACAAUUGGAACUAGUUCUGGACAUGUGAAAUCCCAUGAGGAAGUAUCACAAACACAUGGUGGGUCGACAUCUACAUCAUUAACAUUUGAAGACGACCUUUGUCGAUGAAUCAUGGUAAAUCAUAAGUUUUCCUAAUUAAGUCUUAGUUUAUUUCGGUAUCAGAGUGUGUUAAUAAAUAUGUGUAUAUAAAGA